AUGGCAUCCUCAGUGGCACCUCGUUUCAGCUUCGUCUUCCACGCACCGGCUGCCGCCGUGGAGGCCUGCAAGGCCGCCAUCUUCAAGGCCGGCGCGGGCCGCUACCCCGGCCCCGGAAGCUACACCGAGUGCUGCUGGUCGGCGCAUGGCACCGGCCAGUUUCGGCCCGGCGCGACGGCGAACCCCAACAUCGGUUCCGUCGGCGCCCUCGAGCACGUUGACGAGGUGCGCGUCGAGACCCUCUGCGUUGGCGAGGACGUCGCCCGGCGAGCGGUGGCGGCGCUCAAGGACCUGGUUGACCAGGCCGGCCGCCUGCUCGCCUCGUUUAGCAGCUUCCUCGCCGUCGCCGUGCACUCGCUGCUCUUCCACCGCGGCCUCUACCCGGCGCGCAGCUUCCUCGCCGCCCGCGCCUACAACCUGCCCGUCCACCAGUCGCGCCACCCGGGCGUCUGCGCCUGGGUCGCCGACGCCGUCGCCGCCGGCACCGCCCAGGUCCGCGCCGGCACCGCCCGCGCCGUCGUGCUCGCCGUCCACGCGCCCCGAUCCAUGGCCGUGCUGGAGCGCUGGGUGUUUGACCUGCGCUCGUUCCCCGCCGACUGGGGCGAUGCAGGCACGAUGACGGCGCGCGGGGAUGACUCGGCGGCCGGACUCGCGGAGGAGCAGCAGGCGGGCGCCACAGCAGGAGCGGAAGACGAGGUCAACUGGACGGAUGUCAACGAGGGCCUGAGAGGAGCGCUGCGCAGGAUCGCGUAUGCGGCGGAAAAGAGCCCGGCGCUGCCGGAGAAUUGCACGUUUACGCUGGCCGUCGAGCUGCGUGACGAUUCAGACGCACCAAUCGGGCAUCCUCAAUCCUGGAUCCCGGCAGAAGCCGCAGUCAGCAGCGUAUCAGCACGCCGAGACGUGACCACGACGCCGGUUCGCUCCGUGAACGCGGGGCCGCUAUUCUUCGAGUGCUGGCUUGAGAAAACAGCGCAGGCGCAGGAGUCACAAGAGAUUCGCGAGUGA